CAUUUAGGAGCUGAUGGUGCACAGAAGUGUUAUAAAAAAAGGAUGACUACUUUCAUACAAAAUGUGCAUAUUAAAGAUGGGGAAUACACAAAAACUAUUUACUCAAUGAUUAAAGAACAACGAUAUUCGGAAACAAUAAAAAUCUUACUCACACUUCUAGAUUUUUAUCCUACCUCUAGACCUUGUUUGUCCCUCCUCGCUCACUGUUAUUUUUAUACACAAGAUUUCAUAGCUUCAGCACAUUGCUAUGAAAAGUUAGUUCAAUUAUGUCCAAAUGAGAAUAUAUACAAGUUGCACCAUGCUCAAUCUUUACAUCAAGCUUGCAUGUAUCAAGAGGCUUGGACAAUAUGUUCCAAUAUUGUUCAUCAAAGCAACUUAGAAUUCAAAGUAAAGAAGCUACAAGCAGCUAUAAAAUAUGGUCAAGAAGAUAUGGUUGCUGCAAAAAAUCUUGUUGAUCAAUGCCCAGCGGAUGAUGUUGAUACAGAAAUUAAUUUAGGAUGUUUAUUGUAUAAGGAAGAACAGUAUGAACAGGCUCUAAAAAAAUUUGCAAACGCAUUACAGAUUGCAGGUUUUAAGCCACAUUUAUCAUAUAAUGUGGCACUUUGUUAUUUUAAAUUAAAAGAGUAUACUGCGUCAUCAAAACACAUUGCUGAUAUCAUCGAGCAAGGAAUAAGAGAACAUCCUGAAUUAGGAGUAGGCAUGACAACUGAUGGAAUAGAACUACGCAGUGUUGGAAAUACAUUGACGCUUCAUGAAACAGCUUUGACAGAAGCAUUCAAUUUAAAAGCAGCCAUAGAAUACCAAUUACAAAACUAUGAAGCAGCAAAAGAAGCAUUAACAGAUAUGCCCCCAAGAUCUGAAGAAGAACUUGAUGCUGUUACUUUGCACAACCAAGCUCUAAUAAAUAUGGAUACGAAACCAAGCGAAGGAUUUGAAAAACUUCAAUUUUUAUUACAACAAAAUCCGUUUCCACCAGAAACUUUCGCAAAUUUAUUACUGUUAUACUGCAAAUACCAAUAUUAUGAUUUAGCAGCUGAUGUUCUUGCGGAAAAUGUUCAUUUAACGUACAAAUAUUUAACGCCUUAUUUGUACGAUUUCCUGGAUGCUUUAAUUACGCAACAAACUUCGCCGGAAGAAGCAUAUCGGAAAUUUGACGAUCUCGGUAACAAGCAUAUGGAAAUAUUACGAAAAGCAACUAAGCGAGUACAGGAAGCACGAUUAAAUCAUGAUGACCCAGCUGUUAAAAAGGCUGUGAACGAUUACGAAGAAGCUUUGGAGAGAUACGUUCCAGUUUUGAUGGCACAAGCCAAAAUUUACUGGGAGCUCGGGAAUUACACACAAGUCGAGAAAAUUUUUAGGAAGAGCGUAGAAUUCUGCAACGAACAUGAUGUAUGGAAAUUAAACGUAGCUCAUACCCUUUUCAUGCAAGAGAACAAGUUUAAAGAAGCGACAGGAUUUUACGAACCGAUAGUUAGAAAAAAAUACGAUAACAUCUUAGAUGUAAGCGCUAUAGUACUUGCUAAUUUAUGCGUAAGUUAUAUUAUGACGUCUCAAAACGCUGAAGCUGAAGGUUUGAUGAAGAAGAUAGAAAAAGAAGAGCAAGCAGUCUCGCGCGAAGAUCAGGAUAAAAAACUGUUCCACUUGUGUAUCGUAAAUUUAGUAAUCGGAACAUUGUAUUGUUCUAAAGGAAAUUACGAAUUCGGUAUAUCUAGAGUAAUGAAAAGUUUGGAGCCCUACAAUAAGAAAUUAGGAACGGAUACUUGGUUUUACGCGAAACGAUGUUUCCUUUCUCUUCUCGAGCAAUUAGCUAAACAACUAGUAGUUUUAAAAGAUACAACGCUUCAAGAGUGUGUACAAUUUUUAGAGCAUUGCGAAGUGUACGGGAGGGAUGUGAUAACAGUGGUGGAGCAGCCUUUUGACAUACAAGAUAUGCUUUCCAUUACUCCGCAAAGCAAACAGACAGUCAUUUACGAAGCGCGAUUCUUGAAAGCUUUAUUUUCAAAAUUGCAAAUGUCUUAAUAAACGUAUAUUUACGUAUAUAAUGCUUAUUA